AUGUUCAUCAACAAACGAGUUUUUAUUGCCCUGAUGGUGGCUUUCGUAUUGGCUUUGAGUUUUGCUUGGGCUAAACCAGAAGAUCAGAUGGAAGGAGUAACAGAAUUGACCGAUGCUACCUUUGAAAGCUUUAUCAAAUCGAACAAAUAUGUUGUUGUAGAAUUUUAUGCUCCGUGGUGUGGACAUUGUCAACAAUUUGCUAAAAGUUUAGGAAGACUUGGAAAGUUAAUUUCUGGAUCAAAGAGAGUUGAUAUUAAGAUUGCUAAAGUGGAUGGUGACAAGUAUGAAUCAUUGGCUAACAAGGUCAACUUGGAAGGUUUCCCAACUCUUUAUUUAUUUAAGGAUGGAAAUGUUAAGAAACCAAUCACACACGAAGGUUCAAUGACAACAAAGGGUGUCCUCGAUUUUGUCUAUGAAAAUACCAAGAAAAAGAACUAA